AUGGCCAUUCAGGCAGGUGAGCCGGCGACAGCGCUGCUCGAUACGCCAGGGAGCACUCCCGCCGCGCUGCCAGCGGCGCCACCCGCAACCGCACCCUCCGACGCGCCCGUGGCCGCCCGUGCGCCGUUGCCUGCGGCUGCGGCUGCUCCCGCGCCGCAAGUCGACAUCGACGCUGUGCGCCGCGCCGCCUCGCUCCCUCCCGGCUCCUUCCAGCAGAGCUGCAACAUCUGCGGGAGCGCGCUCGCCGGAGGCCACCACUUUUACCACCAGCUCUGCGUCGGGUGCGGGGACCUCAACUUUGCAAAGCGGAACGCGCUUGCGCCGAUGAGCGGGAAGGUGGCGGUGGUGACCGGAGGCCGCGUGCGGAUCGGCUUCCACAUCGUCCUCAAGCUCCUGCGGUGCGGCUGCCACGUGCUCACGACCACGCGAUACCCGGCGGACGCGGCGGCGCGGUACGGUCGCGAGCCCGACUUUGAGGAGUGGAGGGGGCGGCUCGAGGUGGUCGGGCCGCUCGACUUGUGCGACCUCGGCGUGACGGAGCGCUUCUGCGACGCGCUGCACGCCCGCUUCGAGCGGAUCGACGUGUUGAUCAACAACGCGGCGCAGACGCUCACGCGCGCGCCCGAGUGGUUCGAGGCGAUGGACCGUCUCGAGGAAGGCGCGGCGCGGGACUUGCCGCCCGCCUCGCGCCAGCUGCUGCUAGAGUCCGCCUCCUCCGCGCCGGGCAAGCUGCUGACGGCGGCUUCUUCGGCAGAGGCGCGCGGGGAGGGCCGCGAUGCCGCCGCCGAGGGAGGCAAUGCCCCCGUCCAGGAGGGUCCACUCGGCGAGGGGUGCGGGUUGCACUUCCCGCCCGACCGGCUGGACGAGUCGAUGCAGCCGCUCGACCUCUCCCCCAUCAACUCGUGGUCGCGCAAGCUCGGCCAGAUCGGGACGUCGGAGAUGCUGCACACGGUCGCCGCAAAUGCCGUCGCGCCCUUCAUCCUCUGCUCGCGGCUGCGCGGGCUGCUCGCUCCGCCCGACGCCGCCUCGGGGUGGGGGCACAUCGUCAACGUGAACGCGCUCGAGGGCAAAUUCUCAGUGACAAAGAAGCAGUCGUCGCACCCGCACACCAACAUGGCCAAGGCGGCGCUCAACAUGCUGACCUGCACGGCCGCCAUCGACUUGGCGCAGGCGCGCGUGCUCAUCAACUCGGUCGACACCGGCUGGGUGACGGACAUGGCGCCGGGCGGUGUCGGCGUGCUCGCUUCCAUCCACGAGACGCAGGUGGCGCCGCCGCUCGACGAGGUGGACGGCGCGGCGCGCGUGCUCGACCCCGUCUUCUCGCACAUCAACGACCCCACGGGGUGGCGCCAGCGCGGCAAGCUGUGGAAGGACUACCGGAUAGUGAGAUGGUAG